AAGCCGUUGGCCCGUUCGAGAGUCAUUUCACGCAUACAAUAGGCCUUCCUGUCUCAGACAACGAUGCCAAUUUGUCUACGCCUCGCCCUUACUAGUCCGAUCAGCGUGAGCCGGCCACACAUCACUCACACGAGCUCCUGCCUCGCACGCGCAGCCACCACCGAGUCAGACAUGGCCGCUAACUCAGUCCGAGUCGCCGCCGCUCAGAUGACCUCCAUUAACGACCUCGCCGCCAAUUUCGCCACCUGUUCUCGCCUCACCAGAGAAGCAGCGUUGGCUGGGGCGAAGUUGCUUUGCUUUCCCGAAGCUUUCUCUUAUGUGGGUGCUAAGGAUGGAGACAGUGUGAAGAUCGCAGAACCCUUAGAUGGACCGAUUAUGCAAAGAUACUGCUCUCUAGCAAGAGAUUCCAGCAUUUGGUUGUCAUUUGGAGGCUUCCAAGAAAAAGGACCUGAUGAUGAACACCUGUAUAACACACAUGUUGUGGUAGAUGAUAAUGGGAACAUUAGAAGCACUUAUCGGAAGAUACACUUGUUUGAUGUGGAUGUUCCUGGUGGAAGAGUAUACAAGGAAAGUAACUUUACCGAAGCAGGGAAGGAUAUUGUUGCUGUAGACAGCCCCCUUGGACGUUUGGGCCUGACAGUUUGCUAUGAUUUGAGAUUCCCAGAUCUCUACCAGCAGCUUAGAUUCCAACAUGAUGCGCAGGUACUAUUGGUACCUGCAGCUUUUACUAAAGUAACUGGUCAGGCACACUGGGAGAUCCUUCUUCGUGCUCGUGCAAUUGAGACUCAAUGCUAUGUCAUAGCUGCUGCACAAGCUGGAAAGAACAAUGAUAAAAGAGAAAGCUACGGUGACUCAUUAAUCAUUGAUCCAUGGGGAACUGUAGUUGGUAGACUGCCUGAUAGACUGUCAACAGGGAUUGCCGUAGCCGAUAUUGAUUUCUCACUACUUGAUUCAGUGAGAGCAAAGAUACCAAUUGCCAAGCAACGGAAGCCCAUUGACUACUGGAAAUCUGCAUCACUAUAAAUUUUGGACCUGGUAUAUAUCCUGUAUUCCAUGCAAUCCAAAUGGUACCCAGAGCCAUUUGAAGCUUCCUUGUACUCUUUAUGUAAGAAGACAAAACUGCUACUGCUCGAAGUUAUGGGGACGACAAUACUAUUAUGGCAUCUGAAAUUGCAUAAUAAAGUUAUUAUAUCCUUCACUGCGAGCUGUUAAUAAGUGUCUCCUCUUCUGCAUUUUUAUACCUUGGAUAUUACCUUCUUGUAUCUUUAAAUUGGGAGGUGUUGACAUAAUAAAACUGGUUUUUACAUGUAUGUUGGCUUUACCUUUAGUUAAAGUAUGGAUGUGCGUAGUUCAAGUGAU